AUGGGGCAGAUGGUACAAGGCUUUGAUGCUGGUCUUUGCGAUCGGGAGCAGGGUCUAGAUCGGAAUGUGGAGAGUGGGUGUGAGGAGAGGGAGAUAGAGAGUGUGGAGCAGGUGGAGCGGGCGGUGAGGGGGCGGUUUGGGGGGUUCCUGCGGACAGUGAGUGCGGAGCAUGUGGCCAAGCAUGUCAAGGGCAAGCUGCCCGAGGAAGCCACGGGGAAGCUUCUGCGCUGGUGGACCGAGCACGUCAGCUGGCCGUAUCCCACCGAGCAGGAGAAGCUGCAGCUGAUGGGGCAGACGGGGCUGGACUCAAGGCAGGUGAACAACUGGUUCAUCAACCAGCGCAAGAGGCACUGGAACCAGCACAGCAAGAGGCAGCGCAAGGGGGUGUAG